AUGUUGGCAGAUCUUCUUACUGUUUCCCUGGUGCCAACCUGCUCUGCACUUGCUCCUGGAGAAAUAUGUGAAUUCAAGAAGAAAAUUUUCUGGAGGGCAGUGGUGGCUGAGUUCCUUGCCAUGAGCCUUUUUAUUUUUAUCAGUAUUGGCUCAGCUCUGGGAUUUAGCUUCCCAGUGGUGGGCAACAAAACAUCCACAAGGUCUCAGGACAACGUGAAGGUUUCUCUGGCUUUUGGGUUAUCCAUCGCUACCAUGGCACAGAGCGUGGGCCACAUCAGUGGUGCCCACCUGAACCCAGCUGUCACCCUGGGCCUCCUGCUGAGCUGCCAGAUCAGCAUCUUGAAGGCACUCAUGUACAUCAUUGCCCAGUGCCUGGGGGCAGUGGUGGCCACGGCUAUUCUGUCAGGAGUCACCUCCUCUCUCCCAGACAACCUUCUGGGGCUCAAUGCGCUUUCAGAGGGGAUCAAUGCAGGCCAAGGACUGGGCAUCGAAAUCAUUGCAACAUUCCAGCUGGUGUUGUGUGUCCUUGCCACCACAGACCGGAGGAGGAAUGAUGUCUCAGGAUCAGCACCUCUGGCCAUUGGUCUCUCCGUUGCCUUGGGACAUCUUCUUGCUAUCGAUUACACCGGUUGUGGAAUUAACCCAGCCAGAUCUUUUGGCUCUGCACUGAUUGCCAACAACUUUGAAAACCACUGGAUCUUCUGGGUUGGCCCAAUCAUUGGAGGAGCAAGUGCUGCCCUGAUUUACGACUUCAUCCUGGCUCCCAGGAGCAGCGACCUGACUGACCGCAUGAAGGUGUGGACCAGUGGCCAAGUAGAAGAGUAUGAUCUGGAAGGAGAUGAUAUGAACUCCCGGGUUGAAAUGAAGCCAAAAUAAAGAAAGAGAAGGAAAAGGGGGGGAAAAAAAAGGCAAAAAAAAAAGCAAAAAAAAAAGCACAUUGGUUUCCGAAGAUUUUAUCAGUGUUAUAGACUCUUUGUAAACCAGCAAGCAGUACUUUGUUUUUCAUUCAAUAGGGUUUUCCAUGUUUUUUGCCCCCAAUCUUAAUAGCAUUUUUAUACCUGGGUGUUUUUUUUAAAUUAUCAAGUUUUCAGGCCAAGACGUUAU